AGAAAAUAUUUUUAAAACAAAUAAAAAUAAAAUUCGUUUUAUUUGGACUAUAAAAAAAUCAAUUUCGGAUAUUAGUAAUCCAAAUUCAAAGAUUUUCUUAUACUCCUUCUCACAAGCAUAUGUAUUUUACCAAUUAUAUCAAACGCAAAUUCGUAACUUGUAUAAGUUAAGAUAUAUCCUUCAAUAUCACGGAACAUCUCAUUUUCUUAAAAAUGAAAUAAAGGAUUAUUUUGAAACACAAGGAAUUUUUCAUUCUGAAUUAAAACAUCAAAAUAUUUUGAAUUCGGGAAUGAUUCAAUGGAAAAACUGGUUAAGGGGUCAUUAUCAAUAUGAUUUAUCUACGAUUAGAUGGUAUCGAUUAGUACCACACAAAUGGCGAAAUAGAUUCAAUCAAACACGUAUAGUGCAAAAUAAAGAUUUAACCAAAAGGCAUUCCGAUGAAUUUGAAUCAAAUUCAUUACCAAAUUCAAAAUAUAACUUUCAAAAAUACUAUAGAUAUGACCUUUUCUCAUAUAAAUCGAUUAAUUACAACAAGAUAUAUAAAAAAGGUAAAUUAGUUGAUAUGCUAGGAGGUAUUAUCUCUAUUAAUUUAGAAGAUGAUGAUAUUAUGAAUCUGGAUAAAUUUACAUAUAGAAAAUAUUUUGAUUGGAGAAUUUUCGAUUUUUGUCUUAGAAAUAAAGUCGAUAUUGAGUCCUGGAUUGAUAUCGAUCCCAAUGGUAAUAAAAAUACUAAGACUGGGGUUAAUAAUUAUCAAAUAAUUGAUAAAAUAAUUAAUAAAAUGGAUCAAAAAGGUCUUUUUUAUCUUAAAAUUUCCCAAAAUGGAGGAAUUACGGCAUCCAACAAAAAAAAAGACCUUUUUGAUUGGAUGGGAAUGAAUGAAGAAAUACUAAGUCGUCCCAUAUCGAAUCUGAAACUUUGGUUCUUUCCAGAAUUUGUGCUGCUUUAUAAUACAUAUAUUAUGAAACCCUGGAUCAUACCAAUCCAAUUACUUCUUUUAAAUUUUAAUGAAAAUGUUACUGAAAAUAAAAACAUCACUCGAAAGAACAAAAGGGAUCUUUUUAUAUUUUCGAAUGAAAAAAAAUCGAUUGAAUUAGAGAAUAGAAAUCAAGAAGAAAAAGAAUCUGCAAGUCGAGAUAAUCUUGAAUCAGAUGCACAAAAUCAAGCGAAUCUUGGAUCACUUCUCUCAAACCAAGAAAAAGAUAUUGAAGAAGAUUAUGCAAGUUCAGAUAUGAAAAAACGUAGAAAGAAAAAGCAAUAUAAGAGCAACACGGAAGCAGAGCUUGAUUUUUUCCUAAAAAGGUAUUUACGUUUUCAAUUGAGAUGGGAUGAUUCUUUAAAUCAAAGAAUGAUCAAUAAUAUCAAAGUAUAUUGUCUCCUACUUAGACUGAUAAAUCCAAGAGAAAUUGCUAUAUCCUCUAUUCAAAGGGGAGAAAUGAGUUUAGAUAUUCUGAUGAUUCAAAAGGAUUUAACUCUUAUAGAAUUAAUGAAAAAGGGUAUAUUAAUUAUCGAACCAGUUCGUUUGUCUAUCAAAAAUGACGGACAAUUUAUUAUAUAUCAAAGUCUAAAUAUUUCAUUGGUUAAUAAGAGUAAGCCCAAAAUUAAUCAAAGAUACCGAAAAAAAAGCUAUGUUGCUAAGAUUAAUUUGGAUAAAUCCAUUGCAAGACAUCAAAGAAUGGCUGAAAAUAGAUACAAAAAUCAUUAUGAUUUGUUGUUUGUUCCCGAAAAAGUUUUAUCCGCUAAAGGACGUAGAGAACUAAGAAUUCUAAUUUGUUUCAAUUCGAGGAAGAGAAAUGGUAUUCAUAAAAAUCCAGUAUUUUGCAACAACGUAAAAAAGGGUGGUGAAUUUUUGGAUAAAAGCAAACAUUUUGAUAAAAAGAAACUAAUUAAAUUAAAGUUCUUUCUUUGUCCUAAUUAUCGAUUAGAAGAUUUAUCUUGUAUGAAUCGAUAUUGGUUUGAUACCAAUAAUGGGAGUCGCUUCACUAUGAUAAGGAUACAUAUGUAUCCACGAUUGCAAAUUUGUUAAUUAUGCGUCUUUCAUAUAUAUUCUGUACCAUAUAUGUAUGGUAUAUGAAACAAAAACUUGCACCCCGUGUAUUGUCUUCCCUUCUAGUCUGAUACAUGAAUACUAAUUCAAUGCAUGUAUCAAUAUCCAAUAGAUCUAUAAAUUAUUACCGGAAUCUUCUUAUUUUUUAUUAUUAGAUUAGACCCAAAAAUUUUUCUCUUUUCUAAAUGUAGAAACAUAUCAUCCUUUCCUAUACGAAUUUUCAUAUUCGUAUUCCUAUAAGAAUAAAAUUUAAAAUCAAAUUGGAUUGAUUAAUUUUAUUUGAUAAAAUUGGGAGUUCAUAAAGAAAUUAAGAUUAUUGUGUAUACCAAAUUAAAAUGACUAGCAUUAUUCUUACUGAUCAGUAAAAUCCAUUAAAAAAAAGAGGAUAGAAAAUCCGUUUUAUGGUAAAAAAUUCAUUCAUUUCAGUUUUUUCACAAGAAGAAAAAGAAGAAAACAGGGGGUCCGUUGAAUUUCAAGUAUUUCGUUUCACCAAUAAGAUACGAAGACUUACUUCCCAUUUGGAAUUGCACAGAAAAGAUUAUUUAUCUCAGAGAGGUCUACGUAAAAUCCUGGGAAAACGCCAACGACUGCUGUCUUAUUUGUCAAAGAAAAAUAGAAUACGUUAUAAAGAAUUAAUUAGUCGGCUGGAUAUUCGGGAAUUAAAAACUCGUUAAUUGAAAAAGGAAUUUGAAUUAUUUGAUUUUUUUUAUUAGAUCUUGAAUUUUAAUGAACUUCUUUUCAUUUUCAGCAAUUCAUGAAAGAAUGAAUCGAGGAAUAACCUAUGAAUGUAACAACUACAAGAAAAGACCUCAUGAUAGUCAAUAUGGGACCUCACCACCCAUCAAUGCAUGGUGUUCUUCGGCUCAUCCUUACUCUAGAUGGUGAAGAUGUUAUUGAUUGUGAACCAAUAUUGGGUUAUUUACACCGAGGAAUGGAAAAAAUUGCGGAAAAUCGAA